UUUAUUUAUUAAAAUUUUAGAAAUAAAAACUCUCAAAUUAUUUCAAUAGUUUUUUUUGAUACAAUACGUGCCGGUCCACAACUAAGUAAACGUUUAAAAGUUCUAGAUUUAAAAUUACUUUCUAUAAUUUUAAAAUUACGUUAUCAAAAAAGGUAAUAAAAUUGUGUACUACCAUGAGUACAGUAACUAAAAGCUGGCUCGGAGUACCCAUUAGCGAAAUACGCGGUUCCCAAUCGCCGUGGGGUGCUCCAGAAUUUCCGUUAGUGGUGCCAGCAUACAAUCAUUCCGUUUUGUAUCACGUGCAGAACGGUAGACCGAUUGAUGGAGACAGACCGCCAAAACCGCAGAUAGGACGUGAUAAGUGGGAUCAUGAGUUUGUAAGGAUGCCGUGUUCAAAUCAGAGCCUUUAUCCAUUUGAAGAUAGCAACGGUGAUUGCCACUUGAAAAAGAGAUGGGAGGUUAUAGAGAGUAGUCUCUGGAAACCUAUCAGGGACAGUCGGGAACUGGCUAACACUAUACUCAGCUACAAUACAAAGUUUAAGAAAAUAUGGAAAUUCAAAGCCUUACACAAAUUGUUCAGUGAAUAUCUAGAUGAAGAAGAAACACAAUACUUCUUUGAUGUUACAUUACCUGAGAUAGCGAAGUUAGCGUUGGCAUUGCCAAAAUUGAUUCAGUCACCCAUACCACUACUGAAACAACACAAGAACUAUUCUAUAUCGUUGUCACAACAACAAAUAGCAAGUAUCCUUGCGAAUGCUUUUUUCUGUACUUUUCCACGACGGAAUACAAAAAAGAAAUCAUCUGAAUACUCAUCUUAUCCACACAUCAAUUUUUAUACAUUGUACGAGACAGAUGGUUCUGAAUCAGUGUUAGAAAAGUUAAAAUGUUUGUGUCACUACUUUCGAAGAGUGUGCACUAAAGUCCCGGGCGGCGUAGUGACUUGGACCCGGCGCAGCGUGCCGCCGCGGGGCUGCCCCGCGUGGGGCUCCAGUGGGUCUCCGCUGUCGUCCCUCCCACUGCACGUAGACUCCGACACCACUAUAGAGGAUGCUCACGGACUCAUACAGGUCGACUUCGCUAACAAGUACUUAGGUGGUGGUGUAUUGAACUAUGGUUGCGUGCAAGAAGAGAUAAGAUUCGUGAUAUGUCCAGAGCUGAUGGUGUCGAUGCUGUUCACGGAAGUGCUGAGGCCCAAUGAAGCAUUGUUAAUUGUUGGCUGUGAAAGGUACAGCAGGUACACGGGCUACGCGAGCACGUUCCAGUGGGCCGGGGACUACCGGGACGAGACGCCCCUGGACUCGUCCGGGCGGCGGCGCUGCGCCGUGCUGGCCAUAGACGCGCUGCCCUACCCCAGCACCGUCCAGGAGUACAGGGAGGAAAUGUUGACCAGGGAACUUAAUAAGGCCUGGAUAGGUUUUACGUUUCACGCGGACCCAGAGUCCAGUACGCUGCAGUACCCGGGCGUGGCGACCGGCAACUGGGGCUGCGGCGCCUUCGGGGGCUCCCCGCGGCUCAAGGGUCUCCUGCAGGCGAUGGCGGCCGCGCAGGCCGGGCGGCCCCUCGCUUACUUUACGUUCGGCGACGCGGAGCUCAGGGACCACAUCGUAGACGUGUACAACGCGCUGGCCAAGUGUGGCGUCACCGUCGGUCAGCUGUACCGACUCAUUGUUCGUUUCUCAAAAACGAAUGUACUCAGGUCGGACCUUUACGAUUUUUUGCAUCAGGUGUUGAGAGACGGGGAGGUGGAUAAGCUCAGGGGAACUCAGCACGAGCGCAUGGAGACCGACUCAACACCGGGCACGUCGACAAUGGAACUGUCCGACUCCCUACAGACGGAAUUACUCAAAGAGUUUACAUCGACCGAUUCACCGGACCUAUUCUCGACUGACGAAAGUUUAAUCGAGAUUAAAAUCGAUAAGAGCGAUCCGAGUGACAACACUGGCUGUCACUCGCAGCUGUCAAACUGUACGUCAAAGUUGUUUGACGAGAUGCAGAAGCUGGAUGAGGAAGACGGGCUGACGAGCUUGUCUAUGCCCCAAGAGUCGCCUCUGGAACAGAACGCGAGUUGCGACGGCGAUCUGCCCAAGCGACCCGCAGAUGCGACUUCGGAAUUGAAGGCCAGAGUCAAUAGGAAAAUAACAGAUUAUUUUAGCAGAAAACCUGUUUAAAAGUUUUG